AAAAAAGAAUGGGAGACCUAAAACCCUUUCGUCCUCUGCUGCAUCCUCUUCUUCUUCACGCCGGCCCCUCCUCCAUUUCAGCAGCUUAGUGUCACCGCCUCCACCGCCUUUCACCCGUUCAGUGCCGCCUCCGUCGUCAUUUUUCAUCCGCUCGUGCUUUCACAGCCUCUCUCCUAGCGAGUUGUAUUGAUCUUCUAGUUGUUACUGCUUGUAGGAGUUGUUUUGAUUGACAGAACAACCUCAACCAAAUAUAUAUUUGUACAUUUCGGAGGGAGACGCAGAUUUCACUUGCAGUCGUUGGCGUGAAAUUAGGGAAGAUUGAAGCUAGUUGAUUUCUGGAUCUAGCUGAUUGGAUAAUAGAGAAUAACUCGUAGCUUAUUGUAAGGGUCUUCAAAAUGGCAAGUGGACCUGGACUUGAAUCACUGGUUGAUCAAACAAUAUCAGUUAUCACUAAUGACGGCCGCAAUAUAGUGGGAGUGUUGAAAGGAUUUGACCAGGCUACAAAUAUUAUCCUCGAUGAAUCUCAUGAACGUGUUUACUCGACCAAGGAAGGAGUUCAGCAACUUGUUUUGGGUCUAUAUAUAAUCAGAGGCGACAAUAUAAGCAUUGUUGGGGAGCUAGAUGAAGAACUUGAUUCAAAUUUGGACUUGUCGAAGUUGAGAGCCCAUCCUCUAAAGCCUGUGAUUCAUUAAUUGGACCAUCAAGAACAAAAAGCUGUCAACGGUUUUUAGCUUCAACCUUUCAUCACAUUUUACAGCUUUGUUUAGAUGGCGGGCAUUAUAUUCGUUAUGAAUAUAUUACAUAUUUGAAAUUGAAAUAUUUCGGAUAUUUUAUUUUCAUUGUUGAAUAUGCUAGAGAAUUUAAUGUUAUCCUAUGAGAA